ACGUUUAAUUUUCCUGUCGAAUCAAACUUCGAUUUACGGUUAUUUAGUUGAGUUAUAAUAAUUUAAUCGCGUCGAGCUGAUGGUUUCGUGGACUCCUGAUAGUAGGAUAGUAGGAUAGUAGGAGUAGAUACCAGUGGUUCAUCAUUUUCAUGGAUUUAUUCGACUACUAACUGGAGGCAUGACUUAUUCAAUAAAGUGGACCAUGAUUGAUGCAAGAUUUCAUCCGAGUCAUAUGUGAAAUCGUGUCGGCUAUUGCAUCACACACGUCGACCUCCCCCACUGGACAAAUCCACUUGGUAAAGUGAGUUGCGGGAGUCAGUUGCUGAGGAAUCCUCGAAACGUGUCAGGGUCUAACAAAAGUUGAGAGCCCUUCCACAAGAAAUUAAUUGUUCUAAAUUAAUUGGUUGAAAUAAAAAUGUGCGGAAUCUGGGCCUUAUUCGGGGUUGAAGAGGAAACUUUGACGUGUGUUUGUGCUAAUGUCAAUAAAAUUGUACACAGAGGCCCUGAUGCCUUAAGGAUAGAGUACGACAACCGGGUCAAGAAUGCCUUUUUGGGGUUUCAACGGCUGUCAAUCGUCGACAGUCUCUGUGGAAUGCAGCCCAUGAGGAUAAAUAAAUAUCCCCACGUAUUUCUACUUUGCAAUGGAGAACUUUAUAACCACAAACAACUCAAGGACAAACACAACUACGAGUACGCGACCAAGUGCGAUGUGGAGGUCAUCACCCAUCUCUACAUGAACGCCGGUAUCGAGAAUAUCGCUAGCUCCCUGGAUGGAGUUUUCGCGUUUUGUUUGAUGGAUGUGGAGGAGAGCAGAGUUGUUAUUGGGAGGGAUCCGUACGGGGUCAGACCUCUCUUUAGACUGCGAAGUUCAGAGGGCCAGCUUGCGAUAUGCUCCGAGAGCAAGGGUUUGAUCGGCCUCGCCGAUCAAAUGUCAGGGACAUGGACCCUAGAGCCCUUCCCGCCGGGCCACUACGAAGAAUACCGCCUCCUCCCCAAUGGAAAAGUAAAAUUAAUGAAAACAGUCAGUUACUACAAACUUGGUGACAAGCCGUCCUUCGACGUCUUCGUCCCCUGGCAGUCCUUGGCCCCCGCAGACGUCCUGGGAAACAUCAGAAAGCUUUUGACAGCUGCUGUGGAGAAGCGUCUGAUGGCGGACAGGCGAAUUGGAUGUCUGCUGUCAGGAGGACUCGACUCUAGUCUCAUUGCUGCCCUCCUCGUUCAGCAGGCGAGGCAGAACAACGUUAAUUAUAAAAUCCAGAGUUUUGCCAUUGGCAUGGGGGACAGUCCUGACAUCAGGGCUGCAAGACAAGUUGCUGAUUUCAUCGGUACUGAACAUCAUGAAAUCAUUUUCACCCCUAAGGAUGUCGAAGACGUAUUAGAUGAUGUUAUUUAUACCCUGGAGACCUUUGAUAUCACUACUAUCAGAGCUUCAAUUGGAAUGUACCUUUUGGCCCGUUACAUCCACCGUAACACAGACACAACGGUCAUAUUCAGUGGUGAGGGUGCUGACGAGGUAGCCCAGGGGUACAUCUACUUCAGAGACGCCCCAAGUGCCCACGAGGGCCACCAAGAGAGUCUACGUCUGCUGAAGGACAUAUAUCUGUACGACGGGCUCAGAGCUGAUAGGACGACUGCAGGCCACAGUCUGGAGCUUCGUGUGCCAUUCCUGGAUCUUCAGUUUACAAACUAUUUCUUGUCCCUGGAGCCUGGAAUGAGGCAGCCCCAGAACGGCGUGGAGAAGCACCUGUUGAGGUCUGCCUUCGAGGGGGAGAAACUCCUCCCCAACAACAUCCUGUGGAGGCACAAGGAGGCCUUCAGCGACGGUGUUGCUUCCAUCAAGAAAUCCCUGUUCGAGGUCAUCCAGGACAUUACAGAUUUACGAGUCUCUGAUGAGGAGCUCGAGGAGGCCAGGGUGACGUUCCCCCAUUGCACACCUAAAACCAAAGAGGCUUUCUACUACAGAAAAGUCUUUGAGACUCAUUACCCUGGGGCAGGGGAGAACUUCACUCCUUACUUCUGGAUGCCACGAUGGGUGAAGAACGUCAGCGACCCGUCGGCCAGGUUCAUCAAGCAUUAUGCUGCCGAGAAGAAGGAGGAGGUCUAGAUCUGCUCAAUUCGAGGACCUAACAUUUUGGAAAAUUGAUUCAAUGGCGAGGGGUGAUCUGAGAGAUAAGUCAGCUCAUUCCACCCCUUCGUCAGGGAAUUGCUGGUGUCUGUUCUGAAUUGAUCUCAAUUUUUUUUAUAAAAUUAUUUUUUAUGUGAGGAGGAGAGACUGAACGAUGAGGUCUGUUAAAUAUUAGAAAGAAAUGGAGAUUGUUUACAAGAAUGUAAAUAAAAUGUUUAAAUUUGCAAA